AUGAGAGACGAGUCGGGAGAGGAGGUGGCCGGCUUCUGGAUUGCCGUGUGUCCUACACUACAUUGUGCCGCUGCGCUGCGCCUGGCGCUGCUGGUCGCGGGCUCUAUGCUGCUGCACGACUGCGUGUGCGCGGCCGUGCCGAUAGGCGGGUCCGCCGCCGCUGCCGCCGCCGCCGCCGCCGCCGCUGCCGCCGAGCCGCGGCCAGUGUGGCAGUGGCCGUGCGGAGAGAAGAGCCCCACGCGGCCGGGCACGGUGCUGGUGCCGGGGGAGCCCGUGCGCCACCCGGCGCCCAAGGCGAUGCGGCGCGUGCACAACCAGCUGGCCGUGUCGCUGCAACACAUGAAGAAGAGUCAACCCGCCCUCCGGCAGCUGUACGGAAACUUCAGCAAACUUGGAGAGCUGAAAUAUGAUUGGUUGCCCCGCAAACAACUUGUUUGGUUCAAAAAGCAUUACCAGUGUAGCAGCAACAAGAUUGCAGAAGUACUUCCAGUGUUUCAUAAAUCCCUCCAGAAUUUUUCCGUCACGUUCGAAGCGAUGAAGCCGCACGGCGAAAGCCAGAUAGGAAGAAAAGAUGAAAUUUACCGGAUUCGGGACCCUCUGUUGUCCAAUAUCACCAUGUGGCACAAAAUGCUGUUGUGCGAGACGGAAGCGGCGAUACACAACGUGCGUCUACCGGCCCCGGAGUGGGUGUCCGUCGGCAUCCUCACCAAGCAUUGGCCCCCCAACCCCGACUUGACGGAGACGCUGGUGCGUGAUUGGGGUGUCAUCCGGCAGUACGAGCUUUUCUUGUCCGAGUGGGCCAGAAUUAUUCGCCUAAUGGGUCGGAAGGAGACGCCGGCGUGUAAGAGCGGCGGCGCGGGCGGGCGAGCGAAGCCGAGGAGGAAGCAGAAGCAGCACGCCCCCCCGUAA